UAGUGAUAGAAAGAGAAAGGGAGAUAGAGAGAGAGACCUGACUGAUAAGGGUUUCCCCAAGAAGAGGUCUCACAGAGAGAGAGAGAUAGAGAGAGAUAGAGAGAGAAAGAAGGAGGGAAAUUUUUAAUUUUUAAUUUUUAGGGUUUCACGAGUUAAACAAAGUCUUUUGUGGUUUUUUGAAUUCGAUCUGGUAAAAACGGUGGCUUUUUUUUCUUGUGGAAUUGAAAGGUAGAAGGUUUUGUUGUUGGAUCUGUAGAUCAGUGAGAUUUGAAAGAUCUGGAGAUAAGUAUUUGUUUGUGUUAAUUAGGGUUUUGAAUGAGUCCAGCUGCUCUGAAGAAUAUGGAAGAAAACAAAACUACAGUCAUGACAACCAGUCAUUCAAGUAAUGAUGGAGGGGAAACUGUGAAAGGGUACAGUGAUGCGGUUGAAGUUCGAUUCUCUGACUUUUGCAAGAGUGGAUUAGCAUUGGAUGAGAACACUUGUACGCAGGCUAUUAAGCUUUUCAAAGACACGAAACAUCUUCUGAUGACAAAUGUUUCAUCUAUUGGGAAUGGCACAUCGGAAGAAGCAGAGAGGUUUUGGUUUGCAUUUGUUUCUUACUCUGUUAAGAGGUUGAGCGAGAAGAAUAGAGAUGAUGCACAGCAGAAGUCUGAUGAUCCUGGGCUUACUUUAUGCCAAAUAUUGAGAUUAGCCAAGCUAAACAUUGUGGACUUCUUUAAAGAGCUACCCCAUUUUAUUGUCAAGGCUGGUCCAAUCUUAAGCAAUAUAUAUGGUGCAGACUGGGAGAACAGACUUGAGGCAAAAGAGCUGCAAGCCAAUUUUGUGCACUUGAGCAUUUUAAGCAGGCACUACAAGCGUGCAUGCAGGGAACUUUUCUUGACAAGUGAUGCAAGUUCUGAUAAACAGCCAGCAAUAUCCAAUGAAGCAACACAUGUAUCAGACCACCAUCGUUUUGGGUGGUUGCUAUUUCUGGCUCUCCGGGUACAUGCAUUCAGCCGUUUUAAAGAUCUGGUCACUUGCACAAAUGGUCUGGUUUCUGUACUGGCUGUUCUGAUUAUACAUGUUCCAGUUCGCUUCAGAAAUUUUAGUUUCAAUGACUCUCAAUGGUUUGUUAGGAAAGGAGACAAAGGUGUUGAUUUGCUUGCUUCACUCUGCAAUAAAUAUGACACUUCGGAAGAAGUAUUGAGGAAAUCAAUGGAAACUACCAAUAAUUUAAUAGCCAAUAUCUUGAAGAAGAAGCCCCAUCCGGCCUCUGAGUACAAAAAUGAAAACCUACUGAAUAUCAACCCAGAUGGUUUGAUCUAUUAUGAAGAUUUGAUGGAGGAAUCAUCCCUGCAAUCCAGUUUGAAUAUUCUAGAGAAGGAUUAUGAUGAUGCAAUUCGUAACAAGGCUGAACUGGACGAGAGGGUGUUUAUUAACGAGGAGGACAGCUUACUUGGUUCAGGGAGUGUAUCUGCAGGUUCCUUGAAUAUAACUGGUGCCAAGAGAAAAUUUGAUUUAAUAUCCUCACCAACAAAGACAAUCACAAGUCCACUAUCUCCUCAUCGUUCUCCUGCAUCUCAUGCAAAUGGAAUUCCUGGCAGUGCAAACUCGAAGAUGGCAACCACACCUGUAAGCACUGCAAUGACAACUGCAAAGUGGCUUCGGACAAUCAUUUCCCCACUUCCAUCAAAACCCUCAGCACAGUUGGAGCGCUUCCUGUUGUUAUGUGAUAAGGAUGUAACUAAUGAUGUCAUUCGUAGAGCACAGAUAAUAUUGGAGGCUAUAUUUCCAAGUAGUUCUCUUGGAGAACGCUGUGUGACUGGAAGUCUGCAAAGUACAAACCUAAUGGACAACAUAUGGGCAGAACAAAGAAGAUUGGAGGCACUCAAGUUAUAUUACAGGGUUUUGGAAUCAAUGUGCACAGCAGAGGCCCAAAUACUGCAUGCAUCUAAUUUGACCUCUUUAUUAACUAAUGAGAGGUUCCAUAGAUGCAUGCUGGCAUGUUCUGCUGAGCUAGUUGUGGCAACUUAUAAGACAGUGACGAUGUUGUUUCCUGCAGUUUUGGAGAGAACAGGCAUUACAGCUUUUGAUCUUAGCAAGGUGAUAGAGAGUUUUGUUAGGCAUGAGGAAUCCCUCCCACGGGAGUUGAGACGACAUUUGAAUUCCUUGGAAGAGCGACUUUUGGAUAGCAUGGUGUGGGAAAAAGGAUCCUCACUCUACAAUUCUUUGACAGUUGCAAGACCGGCUCUUUCUGCAGAGAUAAAUCGACUUGGAUUAUUAGCAGAACCAAUGCCAUCAUUGGAUGCAAUUGCCAUGCAUAUUAAUUUUUCAUCUGGAUGCUUGCCUCCUGUGCCUUCUUUGCAAAAGCACGAGACUUCUCCAGGAUCAGGUCAGAAUGGAGAUCUCAGGUCUCCAAAGAGACCUUGCACAGACUUCCGAAGUGUGUUGGUAGAGCGAAAUUCCUUCACAUCACCAGUGAAGGACCGCCUAUUGGGUAAUCUUAAAUCUAAGCUACCACCUCCUCCUUUGCAGUCUGCCUUUGCCAGUCCAACACGUCCAAACCCUGGAGGAGGUGGGGAAACAUGUGCAGAAACUGGGAUCAAUGUAUUCUUUACAAAGAUUAAUAAGUUGGCUGCUGUCAGAAUUAAUGGUAUGAUUGAAAAGCUACAACCGUCUCAGCAGCAUAUUAGAGAAAAUGUCUAUCGUCUUUUUCAACUUAUACUAAGCCACCAGACAUCUCUCUUCUUCAACCGCCAUAUUGACCAGAUCAUUCUUUGCUGUUUCUAUGGAGUUGCAAAGAUUUCUAAAUUGAAUCUGACCUUCCGGGAAAUUAUAUACAAUUAUAGGAGGCAGCCACAUUGUAAAACACUGGUUUUCCGCAGUGUGUUUGUGGACUGGUCAUCUGCACGCCAUAAUGGGAGAACAGGGCAGGAUCAUGUGGAUAUUAUUACAUUUUACAAUGAAAUUUUUGUCCCGGCUGCAAAGCCUUUGCUGGUGGAUGUUGGUUCUGCUGGAACAACGGUGAAAGCCAGCAAUGUUCCUGAAGUUGGUAAUAAUAAAGAUGGUCAAUGCCCUGCAUCACCUAAAGUAUCACCUUUUCCAAGUCUCCCCGAUAUGUCUCCUAAGAAAGUAUCGUCAGCGCAUAAUGUGUAUGUCUCUCCAUUGCGGUCAUCCAAGAUGGAUGCUUUAAUCUCAAAUAGCUCAAAAAGUUAUUAUGCUUGUGUUGGAGAGAGCACCCAUGCUUACCAGAGCCCUUCAAAAGACCUAAAUGCUAUCAAUAACCGCCUGAACAGUAAUCGGAAGGCCAGAGGAACCCUCAACUUAGAUAAUGAUGUUGGGUUGGUUAGUGAUUCUAUGGUGGCCAACAGCCUGUGUCUUCAAAAUGGGAAUUGUGCAUCUACAUCGGGUGCAACUUUGAAAUCUGAGCAGUCUGACUCCUAAUUCAACCGUGGCAUACUUUGUAUAUCCUAGUUCUCCAUCCAUUUCUUCGUUUGCUUAUUUAUACUUAGAAGUAUGUGACUCGGGGCAAUGUACGAGCAGCGAGUUGUAUAAUGCAUGCCAUCACCCCCAUGUCUUUUGUAUGUUUGUUAGCGCACCCAGUUAUUGAAUAGAAUAGGUUCCAACUAAUCUAAUAAAGUUGCUAUUUUUGCUGCUGCUUGUAGAACCUCUGGUUGGUUUCGUAAUGUUCAGAUAGAAAGAUCUCUCUCUGCCGGAUGUCCCAUAUCUGAACGGUGCAGUUACUGUAAACACUGACAUCCUUC